AUGGAGUUUCAAGGUUUGCAGGAACUCAUGAGGGCAUUUGAGAAAGCAGCAAGUGACGACGAGAUCAAAAAGGUCAACAAACAAAUUGUUGAGAAAAGCGAACCGACGAUCAAGAGAAUCAUGUCCGGAAAAAUCCCGAAGUCAGCAGACAUCAAAAAAAGCGGGCGAGGAUUCGGUUCAAAGUCGUCUGUUUCUGCACAUGCAUCGGACAGCGUUCCGAUCGGCAAGGUGAAAUUCAAAGGAACAUCAGCAUCGGCAGAUACAAUACAGUGGGGUGACGACAUGAACAGUCCGGACAUUAUCGCAGACGCAUCCGAGGCAUUGAAAGCGGUCAGCGACAGAGGAAUCACAGUGAUGCAAGGAUGGUACAACAAAAACAUCAAAGAGUGUCAUGUGACUUUGUGGGAUUUGGGCGAAUCAGACGAGGACUUUUCGGACGAUGAUGCGGAGGGUUUGAGACUAUCGGUUCAAAUCACCAUUUUUUCACAGAAUGACGAGAUUGAACUUGCAAGGGAGAUCAAGUCACUAAUGAAACAAAACGGAUUCGAUUAUGAGGGGAGAAACGGAGACGAUUCCGAACCUCAAGACGGAAUCUAUAUGAAAGCACAAAGGUUUUCAAAAUUAUAUGAAACGGAGGAACAGCAAUGA